AUGCUUGGGGUUCCUUCCAAAAUACUUUUAAUUUUCUAUGUUGUGGAUAUCAUAUCGAGUUUCAACAUAAAUUUUGGAACGAAACGAGAACUGCCAUCAUAUGUUGCAGUAUCAGAAAUUAUUGAAGAAUUCUAUAUAAGAAAUGCUUUAGAUUUAGAUAUAAUAACGUGUUCAAAUGACGUUGAAGGUACAAACUCGAUUGUUGAAUUCAUAUUGAGAAAUAUUCAAGAAUCAAUCAGUUAUCGAAUUGAAGAUUGCAAGAAUCUCAAAGAUUUGACUAAAAGAAGAUUUGUGUUGAUUAUCAUGGACCAUCUUAACACCGACCUUAUGAUCGAAGAAUUGACACCGGAUCGGUUUGAUUACAGUGGAUUUUAUUUGAUUUAUUACAUCGAUAACCAAAGUGACAAUGACAUUCUUCAUUAUUUGUUCAAAAAGUUGUCUGAUUUAUUCAUUUACAAUGUGAACGUCAUUUGUAACGAUUCAAGCGGCAUUCAACUCAGAACAUUUUUCUUCUUCAACGAGAGAAGUUGCAACUCAACUUAUCCACUUGUCAUUAACAAAUUCGAGAAAAAUCGAUGGACAUCGAAAGAUUUCUUUCCACGGAAAAUGAGAAAUCUAUUUGGAUGUCCAUUGAAAGUCGCUACGUUCAUUUAUGAACCUGCAGUGAUCAUGCAAGGAUCUUACGAUGACAGCAAUUACACUCUUGUGGGAAGUGAAGUGGAAAUUCUAAAAGAAAUUGCAAACGUUUUGAAUUUUUCAAUUCAAUAUAGUUUUGAUCCAUCGCCAGGUGCAUGGGGAAGUUUAAAACCAAAUGGUACAGCUGCUGGUGCAUAUUUGAAAAUCAUAAAUAAGGAAGUUGACUUAAUGAUUGGAACUCUUUCAAAAACGGAAACGAAAAGUUAUUUCAUCUCGUUUUCAUCUAUAAUAACAUUUGAUUCUGUACUUGUGGUCAUUCCUCCUGGUGCACCGUUCAGUGCAUUUGAGAAGUUGAUUCGACCUUUUGAUAAAUCAAUUUGGAUAUGUUUGAUGAUAAUUCUCUCACUUGGAUUCUUCAUUGUCAUUGCUGUAGCGCCGAAAUCUCGAUCCUUAAUGAGAAGAAUUAUCAUAGGAAAGGAAAUGAAGAUGCCGACAAUGAACAUAAUUGUGGCACUUGUUGGGGGAUCCCAACAUAUUUUACCGAAGAGAUCAACACCGAGAAUGCUUUUGAUGUCAUUUUUGCUUUUCUGUCUGGUCAUUCGAACUCUUUACACAGCUUCACUUUUUAAAUUUCUGCAAUCAGAUAACAACAAACCAACUCUUUCAUCCAUAAAAGAAGUCAUUGAUAAAGAGUUUGUGGUUUAUGUUUAUCCUACCUUCUAUGACCAUUACAAAGGCAUGAAAAUUUUGAAAAGGUAA